AUGGCCAGCUCCCCAGUCUUGAACGUCGUCCGCUACUCGGCACUCGUCGGCGGCAUCGGAUACGGCAUCCUGCACCGCAGGACAUUGCAAGCCAAGGCGGACGUCAAGGCAGCCCACGCCGAGUACAAGCACAAGGAGCAGCUCAUCCAAAAGGCAAAGGAGGCGUACAAGAACCGCCUCGUCGCCAAGCAGAGCUCGUCGGGAGUCGAGACGGACCCCGAGAGCCCAGCAUUCGACUUGGAAAAGUUCCUCCUCAAGGUCGAGCAGGAGAACUAA